CGUCAACUCUAUUUCCGCUUCCUGCUCCCAUACGUCAAUACUGGCGGCAUUUUUAGUUGUGGAAACUACAAUCAAUACAGGCUGUUUGUUUGCGCUGUCGUUUCUGCAGUCAUUUUGGACAUGGAUGCAGGCGAACUUCUGGAGAAUGCUAAAGCUUUAGCCAAGCAGACGUCGGAGUACCAGGGCCAUCUGCCUCCGGAUGCCCCAGCCGGCCGGGAGUUACCGGAGGCCGCGCGCGCCGAGCUGCUGGAUGAGUGUGAAGAUCAAUUCUCGCAGCUUCAGCAGCUUCAAAAUGAAAUCGCUUUGGCAGAGACCGAGUCAGUUCAGAACCCAGCCUUUCAGACUGUGAGUCGGGCGAAUGCUCUUACGGCUGAACUUAAGGAGUGGCAAGAAUUACAACCAAAGUUGCUGUCUUCAAAUCCUGAAGUUUUGCUCGCUGUUGGAAAGGAGGAGUUGUCAAGACUGAACAAGCAACUCGAAAUGGUUCUGUCCUGCUCGCAAGCAAAAAGGGACAAGCUGAAGGACGUUUUAAAAAGUGAGCAGGAGUGGCUGGAAGAGAAGAAGGGGGUACUCAAGGCUGCUACAGAGAGAGUAACUGCCCUGCAAGAUGAAAGUGAUCGAUUGUCUGAAAAGGGUGUUCUGCAGGACAUGAAGAAGAAAAUUCAGAGGGUGAAAGAUUACCAUGACAACCUACUGGAAACGCUGAGUGACCUCCUGGAAGAACACUUUCCGCUUCCUCACCAGGAAGGAAAUGCGAAAAAGAAAAGGAAGGAUUUGCUCCCAGAACCAAGCGUGGAUCUCAUUUCAUUGCAUGACAUGCUUGAGCUUCUAAUGAACAAGUUACUGGAGAGCCCGCAUGAACCCUAUGUAGAGAUCAACGGGACAUUCUGGCCGCCCUACACAGAGAUGCUGCUUCGGUAUGGAAUCGCAUCAAGACACCCAGAAGACUGUUUUAAAAUUCGACUAGAAGCCUUCUAUUAAGCUGGUUGAAACGGUGCCUCUGUAUAGUUAAAGUGUGCCGUGAGCCCUUGAAUACGAGUGUUUUCUCCAUCUUGCAUUUCAAGAUGAGUUUAGUGCAUGUAUAUGCACAUUUGUUAAGGGGGCUUCAGUAGAACCCUUCAGCAUGAAGAGUAGUAUUACUUGGUUCCCAGGUGUUUAGACUGCUAAAGUCACUAUGCAGGAGUGCAUGCUGGGACCUGUAGUUUCAGGCUUGAGCCUGGGCUGUCCACAGCUGACCGUGGCCAGGAGUUUAGCUGCAAAACACAAGCUGGGGUUUCGGUUGACCAGGACUCUGCGGAUUACUCCCGAUGGCGCGCUAGGUCGCCACGGCCUAGCAGUUUCCCCGAGUGGGAGCUGUACCUCUCCAACAACUGGUGUUAGUUUUUGACUGUUGUGACUGAUGUGUGCUCUGUACAGAGAAAUGGUCACCAAAGUC